AUGUCACCACACGAUUACGUUUCAUCCUACUCUUUAAGCCGUCCACAACGUUUGUCUUUGCGAAUGCGACAACAACCCAUUAAUACACGUACUAGCACCAACAAUGAGCGAGACCGACGAGCAAUCGAUCCACCACCCAUCGUUCAAAUACAACUUCAAAACGCCACACCAGCCGAAACUCUCCAAUUCCUACAAAGCCCAAACUACUUUAUGUGUGCCAACCUUGCACAUCCUUACAACGACGAUGAAAUCUAUACACCAAAUCACAAUGCCCUUUGUGGCCAAACCGUGUCUUCAAUGUACCGGCUCAAAGACAUUGAUAAUAUGGAUGGUGGGUUCUUUAUUCUCGGUGAUCUAUCGGUGAAGGUUCAAGGUCAAUUCCGAUUAAAGCUUACCUUAUUUGAGAUCACGCCAUCCGGUGCCAGUCAUCUGCAAUCCAUUUUCACCGACGUAUUUAUGGUCUAUUCACCUAAACAAUUUCCUGGUCCUCUCGAAUCGACGUUUUUAUCACGCUCAUUUUCCGAUCAAGGAGCACGGAUCAGAAUCCGUAAAGAGCACCAAACCCGCAAGCGUAAAGCUAGUUUCACGAGCGUCGAAAGCAACUCACCCGUUUCACCUCCACCCUCAACAAUCGAAGCACCCACUACCAAGAAGCCAUGCAUGCUACCAUCACUUAGCCAGCUAUUCGCUGAAGAACAAGUGGAUGCUGCUGUCACCAUGAUGCAAUUACGACACCAUCCUUGGUGA